AUGCGGGACAUGAGCGACGACGAGCGCCACCGCCACUUCGGCGCGCGGAAGCACAAGCACCAGUAUUCGAAGCCCGCCGGCGGCAUCCGGCGGGACACGGCCGUGCGGAAGACCGCGCGCGACGCGCAGGCGCCGCGGUCGAGCAACACGAUGGAGGUCCUCGAGCACAAGGAGGCGCCGCCCGCGGAGCCGAAGCGGCGCACGCGGCGGUCGCGGCGCGCCGACAAGAAGUCCCUCGAGCAGCAGGGCAACUGGAUCGAGGUCACGCAGGCCGGCUGCACGUUCUGGGUCAACGACACGACCGGCAUCGCGGACGAGGACCCGCCGCCGAUCCGCAAACCCGACGGCACCUUCGAGCCGCGGAAGCACACCGUCGACGCCGACGCCGACGCCGAGGAGGUGCUCGACGACGAGAGCGUCGCGUCGACGCAGAGCUUCGCGUUCCUCGACGACUGGAGCAAGGAGGGGAAGCACAAAAAGUGGUGA